GGCUCAGCUGAGUGUGUGAAUGACGCUAUGCCUUGGAUCACAGAAACACCAUUAUCAGGGCACACUGACAUCACUCAGCCCUCCACAGCACACCACCGGCCUCCUCCUGCAGCACAGUCAUUGUGUUCAUCGUUCAGCCCAUUGUCUGCGCGGGGGCAUGGCGGACAAUGUCGCCAAUCUCUGUCCAAACCAUGAUCCAACGCUGCUAUUGUGAACCCCGUCCAUUUUCCCACUUAACCACACAGCAUGGUGUUCCUGUGUGAUGAGAGCAGCGGGGUGUCCGCCGUUCUGCCUGGCACUGGGGUCGAGGAAUGUGAGGAGGGCACAGAUUAUUGAUCUGUCACUGUGGCGAUGGAGGCUUGAUGAGCAGACAUGUGGACAAGCUGCAAACACAAAAACCAUGUGACAAUGUCAGUGGGUAUCACACUGUGGGAGCCCCUGCCUGUGUGCUGUCGGUUCCUUGCUGCUCUUCUGCCUUCAGCCUGACAUCAGGAUAUUAUCUUCACUGACAGGAGUUUGAUCCGUGAACCAUUUUUUUUUAAACUGGAUUAUUUUUUACGUAAAGUGGACAUCGUCUCUUCUACAGAAUGAUACAACAAUACCGGACAACUGUGGGAUCUUACAAACCUUUACUACAAGACCAUUCAACAAAGGUUGUUUUACCAACAAUAAUCAACACAAAUCCUGCACAAUCUUACCAGGUCACUGUGUUUCCACGCUGGCUGACCCGCCAUGACUGAGAUGCAGGCAUUCUACCACAACGUGCGUCGGCCUGCGGGCCUCUACCUGGAGCCCACCUUGAUGCAGAGACGCAUCCUGGAAGACCAGGUGGAGCUGUGGUGGUUCAGAGAGCCACGCCGCUCCUUGCUGUGCUACUGUGCCUCAGUGGCCCUCAUUAUGGGGCUGGGCCUUGGCGGUGUAGGCCUCCUCUCCACGACCAAGAGCCUGUCUGGAGAGUGGAGACUCGGGGUGGGCACCACCCUCUGCCUCUUAGCCCUCGCUGUUUUGCUCAAGCAGCUCCUCAGCUCUGCCAUCCAGGACAUGAACUGCGUGCGCAGCCGGCGUCGCAUUGACCUUUUGAAGAGCGGCGGGAGGGCUGACCCGGUGCUGAUUCUUGCCGUGGGGUCAGCAGUGAUGCUCUGUGGGACAGUGCUUCUCUGCAUGGCCACAAUUGGCAACCGAGUUUACGACAGCAGGGAGAUGUUGGUGUCUGGGCUGGUGCUGAUGGCUGCUGGGGUCGUCAUGGCAGUGGCUGUUGUGGGUUAUGGUGUGAUGAUCUACCUUAAGAAGCAAAGGGAGCAGAGGAGGAGGAGGAUGAUGAGAAUGAGCAGAGCCAGGAGGCUGGGGAGUCGAGCCGUCCUGGUGUUCAGUGUCUCAGAGGGACAGACGAGCCAAGUCAGGAGAGAGACGUCCUCCAGCAGGACAAGUCUGAUCUGAAUGAGCUUAAUGUGCAGAAACAUUCAGAAAAAGGAGAGUCUGGGAAAGGAAGAAUAUAUGAAAUGUAAUGUGUGUUCAAGGAAAGUAGAAAUUACAAAAGAGCUGUGCAGGAUUCUCAGCACCACAUUGAAGACAUCAGAGCUCCUUUGUUCUAGUCCUUUUGUUUCCAUUAUCAAAACAAACUGGUGACUGAGGAUCAUCAUCAACUCAAAUACCUGCACACAAACUGUACCAGAGCAACAGUCUGUUGUCAGCAAUGACUCAGAAAAACAUUUUAUUGUCUGAGAUUCUCAGAGGUUGAAAAUAAACUCAGUAAGUGUUCACAUCAAAUCAAAACGUCACUGUGUUGGAUGUGUUUUGUGAGUUUCUUUAUCACACACUCAAAGAACCAGACUGGAAACUUACAUUUUAAAAUGAGUAAUGGUGGAAUUUCAAUCAGAAUUAAUUUAUUAAUGAAUUUUCGAUAUCUUUUUCUAUCUUACAUUAAUACAUUGACGUUUCUACCUCUUAUACAUGUAGCACACUUUUGAGCUGAAAUUUUGUCAAAUUGUUUCUUUCCUCUGUCGUUGAUUCACCACCAAAAUAUCAACAUGUCAAAUCUUGUCGAAUCAAGAAGUGGAAUCAAGAUUUAUCAUCAGCAGAGCAAGAACAACAGCUUUCAACUGCAGGGUGCAAAUGUGUCAUCAUACAAACGGAUAGGAAAGUUACUUAUUACAGAUUUAAGCUUUAAUCGGAACAACUUCUACCCUGCAUCCAUGGAAAGAUUGGUGAUUAUGUGACAACAUUUUGACUUAUCAGAUCUGUUAGAAAAAAGCAAACACAACAAACUGCAAUGUACACAGUAUAUAGGCAGAAAGGAUCGCAGCAAAUCCUGUGUGCAGAUCAUCUUAACUCAAAUGAACUCAGUGAC